AUGGCGCAACGUCGACGCAACUUCCCCCUUGGGCCGUCUCCUUUGCCUCGCUCCGUCAUUACCGCGGCCGAUCUCUCGCCGUGUACACUGACGUUCAUUCCGACGCCACGACUGGCCGACCCAUCCUAUCCACCGCUACAGCAUGACCCCAUCGAUACACCGACAUUCAUUGGGAUUCUGCGAGUCCAGGUCUCGAGAGGGAAGAAGACGACGGUGGGGAUGAGAGCACUUGAUCUGCGGGUCCGACGUGCUGUGUCGUUCGACAGGAGACUGGAGGAAGCAAGGAGGCGUGUAGAAGGCCGAGAACACGAGCAUGGGGAGGUGGAUGACGAUGUUGGUGUUGAAGAGGUGGAUGAUGUGAUGAAUCUGGACGACGAAGGGGGGAAUGGAGAGGGGAUGGAUGUCGACGGGGGGUACGGCGUGGCGAAAGCCGAGGUGCCGUUUGAAAGUGUGCGCGGGUUGACUUUGGGAGAGUCCGAGCCACGCCAAGGUGGGGUUGACCUCGCUAUGGGCGCCACGGACUUUUUGGAGGAUGGACCGACGGGGACAGAGGAUACACCGGAGCCGGAAGAGAGGGCCGGUGAGAGUCGUCACGCCAAUUCGAACCCGACUGCGGCGGAGGGUCGCGCUGCUGGUGUUAAGUCACGGCCGUGGGAAGCAGACUCUGCCGUCCGUAGCCACAAGCGCCAAAAGCGUGGCUGGGACGAGUGGGGAGAUCCUGACGGAAGGCCAGGAACGGAAGGGGAGGAGGACGGUCACUACCGUGCCGUCGAUGCUCCAGUUCAAGCUUCAGCAGACCAGCUGGCAGGGCGGAAGAUGGCGCGUCCGACAUCGCGUCUAUGA